AUUUUUAUUUAAAAAAUGGUCUUUCAGAAUAGAGAAAGUGAUAAUAAAAGAAAAUAAUGAGAGAAAUAAUACAAUUACAAAUAGGAUAAUGUGGGAAUCAAAUAGGAACAAAGUUUUGGGAAGAAAUAGCUUAAGAACAUAAGAUAGAUGAAGAUGGGCAAUUGAUUUAAUAAGAGGUUGAUUAUUAAUAAUACUUGAAUGUUUAUUUUAAUGAAGUAAAUGGAAAUAGAUACAUACCAAGAAAUGUAAUGAUAGAUUUAGAGCCAGGAACAUUAGAUAGUGUAAGAGCAAGCAAAUAUGGAAAAUUAUUCAGACCAGAUAAUUUUAUUUUUAGUUAAGGUGGAGCAGGUAAUAAUUUUGCAGUUGGACAUUAUACAAAUGGAACUGAAAUAUUAAAUGAGGUUUUAGAUGUUGUAAGACAUUAAGUUGAAAAUUCAGAUUGUUUAUAAGGAUUUUAAUUAACUCAUUCAUUAGGAGGAGGAACAGGAUCUGGAUUUGGUACAUUAUUACUAUCAAAAUUAUAAGAAGAUUAUUGUGAUAGAAUAUUUCAAGCUUAUUCUGUAUUUCCUUCUGUAAAAGUAAGUGAUGCAGUAGUAGAAUAUUAUAAUACUGCUGUUGCUGUUAAUCAUUUAAUAGAAAAUUGUUCAUAAUGUAUGUCAAUUGAUAAUGAGGCUUUGUAUAACAUUUGUUCUAAUACAUUGAAACUUAAGAAUAUAUGUUAUGGAGAUUUAAAUCACAUCAUUUCAGCAUCUAUGUCAGGAACUACUUGUUCACUUAGAUUUCCAGGUUAAUUAAAUAGUAGUUUAAGAAAGUUAAGUGUAAAUCUAGUACCAUUCCCUAGAUUACAUUUCUUUACAACAUCAUUUGCUCCUUUAACAUCUAGAUCAAGUAUGUAAUAUCGUUCUCUAAAUAUCACAGAAGUAAGUGAUUAAAUGUUUGAUCCCAAAAAUUAAAUGUGUGCAAUCAAUUGCAAAUAAGGUAGAUAUUUGACUGGAGCAUGUUUAUUUAGAGGAUAAUUUUCAAGUUCAGAAGUUGAAAAAGAAAUAAUGAAAUUCUAAAAAAAGAAUUCUUAAAAUCUAGUUUAAUGGUUACCUAAUAAUUUGAAGAUUUCAUAAUGCAAUAUAUCUUAGUAAGGAGUUGUUAAUUCAGGAACAUUUAUUGGAAAUACUACUGCUAUAAAUGAAAUGUUUAGAAGAAUUUAUAAUAAUUUCUAAGCCAUGUUUAAAAGAAAAGCAUUUCUUCAUUGGUACACUAAUGAAGGAAUGGAUGAAUUAGAAUUCACUGAAGCUGGUGCAAAUAUAUAAGAUCUUAUCUCAGAAUAUUUAUAAUACUCAGAAAUUGAUAAUGAUGAAGAAUAGUAAGAAUGA